ACCAUUCGACUUUCUCAUUACAAGACAGCACACGGAAGGAACUUUUACAAUGAAAUCAGAAAAACUAUUUGUGUUGUUUCUUUUGUUACCUAUGGUAACAGUAGAGACAGGAGUCUUUGACUUUUUCAAUGGGUUUUUUGGCAAUGUAGGACCUAUUGACUCUAAAAUCGACACUGUACGACCUUUUGAUUCUAAAGAGUUCAUGGAAGAUCUAAGGAAGUCCUUAUUUGGGCAGCACAUUGCACUGGAAACAAUACUGAAAGCUGUGACCUGGUUUAUGAAGAAUCCAGAUCCACCAAAACCACUAGCGCUUUCUUUACAUGGACCUACAGGAGUGGGAAAAUCAUAUGUCAUGAAGAUCAUUGCAAGAAAUAUUUAUGAAAUGGGUGAAAAGAGCAAACACAUUCACACAUUCAUAGCAUCAUAUCACUUCUAUAACAAUAGUGAAGUAGCAAUUUAUAAAGCUCAAUUGAAAGAGUGGAUUUAUGGUAAUGUAUCAAGGUUUUCUCGCUCCAUGUUUGUAUUUGAUGAAAUGGACCAGAUGAACCCACAUCUGAUCGACACCAUAAAACCAUUUCUGGAAUACAUUCCACAUUUGGAUGGAGUGUCAUUCAACAAUGCAAUCUUCAUUUUUCUCAGUCAAGCAGGCGCGAAUGUGAUUACUAAUGUGGCUCUGGAUUUCUGGAGAAAAGGCAAAGAAAGAGAAGAGCUACAGAUGAACACCUUAGGAAUGGAGACUCAAAUUUAUCAAGCAAUCUUCAAUAAUAAGGAAAGUGGAUUUUGGCACUCUUGUCUAAUAGAUCAUCAUUUGGUGGAUCACUUUAUACCUUUUCUCCCUCUGGAACGGAAGCAUGUAAAGCAAUGUGUUCUGGCUGAAAUGACUAACCAUAACAUCACUGAUUCUGAUGUGAUAGACAAAGUGUUCAAAGACAUACCCUUCUUCCCCGACGAGGAGAAAAUCUUCUCUAUCAAAGGCUGCAAGACAGUCAAUAAUAAGUUGGGGCUACAUGUUGAGCUCGAUUAAAAGAUUUUAGAAGCUUUGUUAUUUUUUAUGUUAUUUUGUUACAGAAAGACCCAUAUCCACAAGGUACUAAAUGGCACAAUCAUAUACUCUUAUGUUUUAGUUGUGGUGUCUGUGAAGGUCAGCAAAUUUGGAAUGUUUGUGUACACAUACAUGCACACGCACGCACACACACACGCACGCACGCACAUCACAUGAUCAAUGACUGUAGCCCUAUUCUCAUUCGAGACCACUCUUCUUGUUCCUUGUCCUCUUCCUCUUCAUUUUUGGCUGAACUAUUCCUUUAAAGAGAUACUCUACCCAUAAAAAUGUUGUCAUGACUUAUCCUUAAGUUGUUUCAAACCUGUAUACUUUACUUUGUUCUGGUCUGAACACAAAGAUAUUUGGAUAAAUCAUAGCAACUGAGAAUUCUGGGGCACUACCAAAAGUAUGUUCUGUUAAACGAACUAUCAGCAGUGCAUGGCUGGAAGUGAAGACUGCAUCUCUCAAUCUGAUCUCGAGAGAUCCAUUUCUCAGAAACAGCUUUACUCGACUGCAUGUUUGUGUAGGCCUAUAUAUUCAUUUUUAUUCUUUAUACAUACAGUGUCUGUUUUUAU